CCCAGCCCCACCCACAGUGCCUGGCAACCUAGACCAGUCAGGGACGCGGCAGGAAAUGGAAGAGCCUCCGCAAGACGCUCUGGCUGAACCCUUGAAACAUGAAAGCCCAGCCGCUCCCUCAAGUGCUGGCCACACUAAUGACCAGGAAGAAGACGACCAGAAGAACCAGGCCGAAAGGAAGGCAGAUAACCACACUGCUCACAGACUAGCUGACCAGACUGCCCUAAGAGUGCCUAGCCAGGCUGAAUCCAACAUAUUUAGCCAAGCUACCAACGGAGUAGCUGAACAAAAUGGGCAUAGUACACCUGGUCAGGCUGGCCGCAGAGCUUCCAACCCUGCUGAUGUUUCUGACCUUAGAGCAGAUGAUCAGGUUAACCAAACACCGUCUGAGCAGACUGAAGGCAAGGCAUCUAGCCAAGCUAAUAAUCUACAGUAUGAACAGAGUAAUGGUCACGAAAGAACUGCUGAACAGAUUGAGCGAAGAUUACCUAGCCAGGCUGAGAGAAGAACUUCUGGGCAGAUUGAUGGUAGACUGUCUAUGCCAUCUGACCAGAGAGGUUCCAGACAGAUUGACCACAGAACGUCAGGCCAGGCUGAGAGAAGAACUUCCGAGCAGAUUGGUGGUACAUUAUCUACACAGUCUAACCGAAGAGCUUCUAAACAGACCGAUCACAGAAUGGCAGGCCAGUCUGAGAGAAGAGCUUCCGAGCAGACGGACCGCAGAAUGUCUGGUGAGGCUGAGCGAAGAACUUCUGAGCAGAUUACACACAGAUUAUCCAAACUAUCUGAGAGAAGACCUUCUGUGGAGAUUGACAGUGGGUCAUCCGUACCAUCUGACCGAAGUCCUUCUGUACAGAUUGACAGUGGAUCGUCUGUACCAUCUGACCAAAGACCUUCCAUACAGAUUGACCGCAGAAUGUCAGGGAAAGUUAGGAGAAGAACUUCUGAGAAGACUGACUACAGAUUGGCUGGCCUGGCUGACCAAGGAACUUCUGAGCAGACUGACCUCAGAUUGUAUGGCCUCGUUGACCACAAAACAUCUGUAAAGACUCACCACCAAGUGUAUGGCCAAGCCACUGAACUAGCUGAACACCAGGCUAUUGACCCAGCUCAUAGUAAUGCUGAUCAACCUCCAGUUGACGAUGCUGACUACAGUGAAUCUGACCAGACUGACCACUUGGCAGACAGACAAGCUAAUCAUAAAGACCAGCUGUCUUACUAUGAAACACGUGGCCAGUCUGAAGAUAGAACAUUUCCCAAGUUAGGCAACAGCAAAGAGGACAAAGAGGCUGACUACAGAGUACAACCCUGCAAAUUUGAGGAUAGCCAAGUAGACCUCAAUUCCAAGCCUUCAGCUGAAAUGGAAACUCAAAAUGCAACCACUAUCCCAGCCUACAACCCAGUUGAUGCCAGAUUCACCAGUAACUUCCAAGCAGAAGACCAAGCCCUUUUCCCAAGACUCCCCUCCAUCUCAUCCAAAUUGAACUAUAUCAGCAGUCAAGAAAAAACUCAAGCCAUAGUAACCAAAUCUGAUGAAUUUUCAGAAAUUGAGCAAGGAAAGGGUUAUCGUAUACGCAAUCAAACUUAUAGAAGGUUCCCUUCUAUAGUUUAUGAAGAUCCUUAUCAAGUUUCACUCCAAUACAUGGAAAAACACCACAUUCUGCAAAUAUUCCAGCAGAUUACUGAAAACUUAGUCUAUGAAAAGCCAGAGGACCCCCUGAAUUUUAUGCUGUGCCAGGUGCAGGAAAUGAUGAAAAAGAGAGACAAAAUGUGAAAUCUACAAAGAACGAGCCUCUCUUCAGUAUUGUUUACAAUCAUGUGUCAAUACUAUGUUCUGUUUUCCAUCUGAAAAAAAAUGGUUUUGAAUAGACAUUAGUGGUGACUCUACCUGAAUGCAUUCUUAAUUUUUAAAGUAAAAAAUCUAUAGAAUAUCUAUGUAAAAUUUACAUAACAAUUACAGAUAUCUCUGGAUAAUCAUACAAAAAUAUACACAUUAUACUUAUGCAUGCACUGAUAUUUCAAUACUCAUUCCCCUAAAUCUCUGAAUGAUAAGUCCACAAAUCACAACUAACAAUUUAUAUGUACUUCUUUAAAGCAUAUAAAUCUGUCUCCAAGCUAUUUACAAAAUAUCUAAUCAGAAAAUGUGUGAAAAAGAAUUUAUAACAGCAUUUUUUUCUUAAUGAAAGAUUAUUGUUGUAAUAUCUCUUUUUUAUUUUUGCUGUUUCUUCUUUAACCUUGUUUGUUAUAUUCUGCCAUUAGUGGAUGUGAUUCUAAUCUUUUCCUAUGGAUAGCUCACUUCUGAUUUGUAACCUACAGCAAAACUCAAACAUGUUAUACUGCUCCGUACACACCUGUGGGUGAGGCAGAACAUCACUUUCUCAUUACCUUUUCCCUUAAAGAGUAUCUGCAUCAUGUGGAAUGUAUAACCAGUUCAACUGGUAUUUUAAUGCAAAAAGCCUUAACUAGGUCUGUCUGGUAUGAGUGUGUCUGCCUAAAGAUCAUAACUGAGAUAAUCAUCUGAUACUACUUUUGUGAUAUGAACCCUCCAUUUAAUUUCUAUUUGAACAUUACAGGAGACUUGAUUUUUUACAAUGUUUAGUUGAUGAAUUGGUAUUGUUAUAUGGUUGAAUUACAAUAAAUUAAGCUUCUGCUUGAACAAUCACACACAAACUCUAUUUUUUUAUAUCUUUCAUUUCUUAUAAUUACAUAAAAAUCACUUUAUAAUUUCAAAGUUUACUUGGUUUUUUUUUUCAGUUGUCCACAAAAUGUACAUGUGCUCAAACUCAAUAAAUUGUUCUCAUUCAAACAGAUAAGGAGCUGUGUUGACUGUGGGCUGGCAAAACUAGGUGAAAGCUGAUAAACUUGCAGUAAACCUGUGGGAAAAGUUUGAGUUACACAACUAAGGUCAUACCUAUUAGUUGGGUGAAUAAAAUAAUCCAAAGAUAAAUGGACCAAUAAUAUUUUAGUGACAAAAACUCAAAUGUUAUCAACAACAAAUGAAAUUAAUGAUUAAGUUUAGUUCGCUGGUUUUCAAUCCUAAGACCAGACAGUUUUGCCAUGUUUCUUAAAGCAGAACAUUUGAGACCCAACCACACCAGCCACUUCAGCCUUUCUUGUUGGCCUUCUGGGAUGCCUUUCACAACUGUCAUUUUUGACCUUUCAGAAUGAGGCAAUGGAUAAGAGGGAUGGGCUUGGUAUGGUACAGCGAACCUGUCCGAAGAUGUUUGUCUAAGAAGAAAAGGGAGAAAAUGAAGAUCAAGCUUCAUAUGCAAUGACUCAGGCUGUCUACCGAAAGAGCUAUCUAAUAUGGAAGCAAGCAAAAGAGAAAGAGGCAUCUCAGAACUGGCGCUUUUGGAGUAAAACUGAAACAGGACAUGGAUGGCUAUGUCGAAUAUAAAAGGAAAAUAAAUGUUUCAAUGUCAGAGUAACUGGAGAUCAAAAUACAUGACCUCCCUUGAAGGAAUCCUUUAAAGAAGCUUAUGCAAAACAGGCUUUUUAUACAGCUAUGAAGUAUGAGCGUCUCAAGUGUUGUUAGAGAUGUUUAUAAAACACUUAGAACAGUAAUGGACAUUGUUAGUCCUGAUUAUUUUAGUAAUGUUAUCAAUGGUAGUAAUACUGGACUUUACCUGAGCAAUUCUGAUUACCCUCCCUCAAAUCAUUCCCCAGCCACCCUGAUUUCCUCACAGUAAUAGCAAAGCUACUAGAGCAGUUUUCCUUCAUAUUUCUCCUCCCUUCUUCCGUUUAAAGAAUAAAUAUGACACCAUUAGUCAUUAGAAAAAUGUAAAUCAAAACGACAAUGAGAUAUCACCUUACACUCACUAUAAUCAAUAAGACAAUAAGUUUCAGUGAGGAUGUAAGGAAAUUAGAACCCUCAUAACGCUGCUAGUGAAAUGUAAAAUGGUGCAGCCACUUUGGAAAACAGUUUGGCAGUUCUUCAAAAAGUGAAAUAUUGUGUUAUUAAAUGACAGUAAUUCUACCCCUAGGUUGAUAGGGUUUGACUGUGUCCCCGCUCAAAUGUCAUCUUGAGUUGCAGCUCCCAUAAUCCCAAUGUAUCACAGGAGGGACCGGUGGAAGGUGAUUGAAUCAUGGGGGCAGGAUUUUCCCAUGCCGUUCUCAUGAUAGUGAAUGAGUUUUCAUGAGAUAUGAUGGUUUUAUAAAGGGCAGUUCCCCUGCACAUGCUCUCUUGCCUGCAACCAUGUAAGACAUGCCUUUGCUCCUCCUUCUCUUUCUGCCAUGAUUGUGAGACUUUCCCGGCCAUGUGGAAUUGUGAGUCCAUUAAAUUUCUUUUUCUUUAU